CCUAUUAUUCAUCCAUAUUAUAAAACAAGUUGUACAUCAACGCAUCAACUAUGCGAUCAUUCGUUACUCUCUUAGCAGCAGCAGCCUAUUUGCAGGGCGGCUCAGCAGCUCCGUUCGGCAACCAGCAACAACCUCCCACUACCAUAUCCCACAGCGGAUUUCCGCAUCCGACCGGUCGUUUUCCCCACCCAACCGGUUUCCUGCAUCCUACUGGUGGCCCGCGCCGCCCCGACGAUAAAGAACAUCACUGGCCUGGCCAACCUCAUCCCACUGGCCACCAUCAUCACCACCCGAGCGGCGGCUUCCCUCACUCAACCGGACGUCCUGAAAGCAAUAUUUUUUUGAGACGGGAUGCGGACCAUGUACGCCCUCACCCGGAUGGCUUUGCCCAUCCCAGCGGUCACCACCCGCACCCAACCGGUGGGUUCCCACAGCCUACUGGUGGACCUGGUCAUCACCACCAUCUCCCUGGUGAUAACCAGGACCACGGUCGCAGAAACUGGCAGGGUAAUCAUGAGAAGCAAGACGGGGGGCUCCACAGACCCGCUAGCAUUUCAUGGCCCAGUGGUAUUACCAACCAUCUCCACCCCCAACCUACUACCGGUGUCCAACCCGGGCGCCACGUGCAGCAACCCGACGGGGGACCGAAGCGCGAGCGCCAGAUACUACAGGAGAUCCCGCGCGUGGUCCAGGAUGCCAACUAAAAGACAUAACAGAUGAAGCUACCUAUCUGUUGUUACAGCAGAAUGAAUCCGACCAAUUGUACGAUACUGUAAGACAAUUAAGAUAAUGAUUGGAACGAAGUAAUGGAGGGACUUGAAACGCUUGGAUUUUGAUAGACUGCUUGGUAGAAUAGACUGGUUGGAUGCUAGAUGCUGGGUACCUACCUACGAAUGGAUCACGUAGGCACAAGAUGUCAUCUUGUUAGAUAAAGGUAACUCGUGACAAUAAAAAUUUUCACAUCCGUAUAUACA